AUGACUACGGAUCCAUCUCCUGGUGACCGAUCCAAGGCGACACAUUCUUCCAAUUCUCUCCCAGGGCAUCCAUCCGCUGGUCUCAUUUGCAGGCGCCCGAUUCUUCCACACGCCAGGAGCGGCGCUCUAGGGCUUUCGCAGGCGCUCGAGGCGCCCGGGGCGACGAUCUGCCACAGGUCACAGCAGGGAUUCUUCUGGACUCGCACGAAAUCGUCAAGCUGCAAGUGUAAAUCCUUGGUGCGAGCCAGGCGCCCGGGUAGGCGGUUGGAUUUCGUGGCUCUCCCCGUUCGCUUCCAGGCUCCAAGAACAGGAAAUAUAGGUCAUCUAGGGGAAUAUGGAGGAGGAAGAGCCUCCAGAUCUAGAUCGCCAGCGCGCGGCUCCUCGACGAUUGUGACAACAGCAAGAUCGGCAUCGUCCAGAGCAGCGCCGCGAUCGGUGGAGCUGAUCUGUCGAAGCGGCAGCAACGAAAAUUUCCCUGGGAGCAGCACGACCAUCCAAGAAUCAGGGGGAGAUCGUCCGAGGAGCAGCAGCGGCAGCCAGGGUUUGGUCGAUUCUCUCAAGAACACCAGUGGACUGCUCGUGCUCGCCAAGGAGGAGGAGAGGAACAUCUCUAAUCCCGUCGUGAAGCUCAAGAUCGGGGAGACUUCUCGAUACAUCCGCCUACUGGCGACGCCAUCGGCACGGGAGGACCAGCAGCGAUCAGCUCCAGAGGCAGGCGAUCCUCCAGUGACAUUUCCAUCACAUCGCUCCGAUCCGCCUUGGGAUCUCUCGCUUCCUCACGUCGCUGUGGCCACGAUCGCAUCCGUCCUGUUUGGCUACCACAUCGGAGUUGUGAAUGUGCCACUCCAGUACAUCGCUCAGGACCUCGGAUUUGGCGGAAGCGCCAUAGCCCAAGGGCUGCUGGUGAGUCUGCUCCUUGGAGGCGCGUUUGUAGGAUGCGCAGCGAGUGGCCUCAUCGCGGAUGGCGUCGGGCGGCGCCGCGCGUUUCAGCUGAGCAGCGUUCCUAUGAUCGCCGGAGCCAUUUUGUGUGCGUCUUCUAUGUCUCUCAAGAUGAUGCUCUAUGGCCGAUUUCUCGUGGGCGUGGGAUUGGGACUCAGUGGACCACUCGCUUCUCUCUAUGUUUCUGAGAUUUCUCCGACGGCUGUGAGGGGUGCGUAUGGAAGCUUGCUCCAAGUUGCUGGAUGUUGUGGGAUCCUUGGAGCACUUGUAGCUGGAUUUCCCUCCUCUUCCAUCAUCGGCUGGUGGAGGGUUUGCUUUUGGAUAUCAACAGGACCUGCUGUCUUACUUGCGGUAGCAAUGCAGUUUUGUGCUGAGAGCCCUCGCUGGCUUUUCAAGAGGAAGCAAUAUGGGAAAGCCGAGAUGUCGCUGGAACGACUUUGGGGCCCCCUGCACGUCAAAGAAGCGAUGUCCGAUCUUCUGGUAAAAGAGCAGCUUGAAGCCGGGCGAAGACGUUCAUGGUGUGAUUUAUUGGAUCGGCAGUAUUCUAGAGUUGUCCUGAUUGGAGCUGCACUUUUUGCGUUCCAACAGCUCGCAGGAAUCAACGCCGUGUUCUACUUUUCGUCCACGGUUUUCAGGCAGGCGGGAAUCACUUCUGACGUCUACGCGAGCAUAUGUGUUGGAAUAGCAAAUCUUUUCGCAUCUUUACUGGCAACGUAUCUCAUGGACAGGCAAGGCAGGAGACCGCUUUUGAUCCUUAGCUUCUCUGGCAUGGGUGUAGCCAUGGCGAUUCAAGCGUCAGCAGCUGCAUUCCCGCUGCUAGCACCAAUUCAGGGCAGUCUCGCCGUCUUUUCGACUCUAACGUAUGUGAUGAUGUUCGCGCUGGGAGCCGGGCCGGUUCCAGGCCUCUUGUUACCCGAGCUCUUUGCGGAUGGUAUCAGAGCCAAAGCCAUGUCAAUAGCAAUGUGUAUCCACUGGAUUGUCAACUUUGUGGUUGGCCUCACCUUCCUACAGCUGCUUCACAAAUACGGCGCAGCGGCCCUCUACGCGUUCUUCGCCAUGGUUUGCGUUGUGGCGGCCGUUUUCGUGAGCCAGAUGAUAUUUGAGACGCGGGGGAAGACGCUGGACGAGAUCCAGGCGCUGCUACUUACAUCAGAGCCCCCAACAUGAAAGAGUCUGAUAAAGUAUAUUUGUAAAUGUUGUUCUAGAUCCCAUAAGAUAAUUCGGUGUUUAGAAACCUAAACAAAAGGUAAGCAUAGGAGGUCGUGUGCAAGCAUUAUCACAGCUAUAACAUUCAUCAGUUAUACGCUGUCAUAGGAUUAUAUAAGCUGUCAUCGU